AUGGGACUGGGAAAGAGACAUCCCACUUUGUUUGAGAAGUGUAGUGCUUCAAGUUACCAGUCGCUUCUAACCAAGCCACAAUGGCUGGUUGCAUGUCAACCCCAUCCAAAACAAUUAAACCAUGGAAAGAACAUUGUCAGCGGGUCAUCAAACGCCAUAGAUAGGCAACCUGCUCUGCUUCAGAUGAAUGGUGCAACAACUACUCACAGAAGAUCUAAGGUUUCUAAUUCAACAUUCCAUCUCACCCAGCUGCAAUGGCACCAUAGUCAAUAUGAUUCGAAUGUAAUUUUCCAAGAGGAAGCUUGGUUUGACUGGGUGAGUAUUCUGGAGUCUGACUCGGAUGAUGACUUUAUCAGUAUACAUGGAGAUGGUUUUCCAUUAGCAAGCAAUCCAGUUGGGAAUAUCUCAAGUGGCCAAGUACUUCAGCAUGAAAGAUCUGCUCGCUUUGUUGAUAAUGAGUGUAAGUAUGAAGAAUAUGGAGGUAAAUCAGAUAAAAUCACAGGCAAAGAUGAGCGCAGGGAAUCAAAUCGGUUUUCGCUUAUUAAUACCCAGCGCUAUGAGCUUUCUCACUUAGGGAAGGCUGAUGAAGUUUUUGAGAAUUUUGAUAAAAACAUCUCUCCUCAAUUCCAGGACAGCAUCAAGAAAAUGGUUGACAAUGAGACGGAAAAAGUUAAAGGAUUCGCAAAGGACUCCACUUUACUUUUCAGAGAAAGACUAAAGAUCUUGACUGGGGUGGUAAAUCUUGAAGAUCUUGGUCGGAGUUCUGCUGAGAAGAAGCUUGUACAUGCAUAUAAUGACAAACCAGUUCUUUCACGCCCCGGCACAAUUUUUACAAGGUAA